CAAUAUUGAAGAUAUUAAAAUUGAGUUAAACUUGAAUUAAAUUUUGAGUAUGAAUGAAUUGAAUUGAAUAGUUUUAUAAACAAAACCUCUUUAGCGAGCUGAUUUCACUCGGCGACUAAACUCUCGUUUCUUUUAACAACUUUAUUGUCGACCAUGCAUGCAACAUUUCAGCAACGUUUAUCACAAUUCUAUUUCACUCGUGAUAAUAUAAUGCGUUGGGUGCAAAAGCUUCAUUCAAUCCAACUAUCUAGAACAUUUAAAAUUGAACCACAUAAAGUUUACACCUAACUGCAAAACUAGCACAUUUGGUAACAGAAACGUGAUGUAAGCCGAGCUGCAGAAAAGUUGCUGCUCUUUACAAAACAGAACCAAAAUAUUGAAAAAAAAAUAAAAAUUUAAUUCAAUUUACUGCCAAGCUGUAAACUUUUUGUCAUCUUUUUACGCUACUCUUGCUCGUACAACCCAACGUCCAUCAGUCCUUUCGUCUGCCCAUUUUCUUGUAUGUAUAUAAAGGGAGUGCGUGUGUGUAACUUUGUAUCUCUCUCUCUCUCCACUCUGAGUCGACUGGUGGUUUAUAGCUCACACUAAAGCGGUUGUUGGGUAAAGGGGGGAAAAACAGGGAGAGAAAGAAAGCAAGGCGAAAAAAGAUUCGAUUUUUAGCGUAUUUCUUGAUUUGGGGUUUGCCAUCUAGCUCUCUGAGGUUGUGUUCUUGAGAGAAAAUUGAAGAUAUGAAGGACAUUCUGCACUUUGUGANCAUUGAGAUUUUGGUUUGGCGAAGUAUGCUGGAGUUCUUUGUCUUUUUUAACUUGAAAUGCAGGAUCACCUUCAAAAGAAUCAUGAAGAAAAGGUCGACUGAGCAAUUUUCUGGAGUCCCAUAUGUCAUGACCCUGCUCAACUGCUUGCUUUCAGCCUGGUAUGGUUUACCAUUUGUAUCGCCUAACAAUCUGCUCGUUUCAACGAUUAAUGGAACUGGGGCUGCCAUUGAAAUCGUUUACGUGAUGAUCUUUCUCGUAUAUGCACCGAAAAGGGAGAAGUGCAAAAUCUUGGGGCUGCUAUCCAUUGUACUCGCUGUUUUCGCAACAAUUGCUUUAGUCUCUGUCUUUGCACUCCAUGGCAAUAACAGGAAGCUUUUCUGUGGUGUGGCAGCCACUAUCUUCUCCAUCAUCAUGUAUGGUUCGCCUUUGACAAUCAUAAGGUUGGUGAUCAAAACAAAAAGUGUGGAGUUUAUGCCCUUCUUCUUGUCGUUGUUCGUAUUCCUGUGCGGCUCGUCAUGGUUCGUCUUUGGCCUCCUUGGAAAAGACCCUUUUGUUGCUAUUCCCAAUGGAUUUGGAAGCGGAUUAGGAGCUGUGCAGCUUAUACUCUACGCGGUUUUUCGUGAUAACAAGCGCGAAAACGAGAAACCCACAGCCGAUAAGUCCCUAGAAUAUUCGAAAUCACAAUUUGAACAAGUUUAGCUCAGA